GUCCGCUGGGGUGACGUCAUCAGGACGUACUAAGAGCAGGGUUGGGCCAGGAACCGGAGCCAUUACUGCAGGAAAAGGUCCCGCAGAGCCGAGCCGUCAAGAUGUGUGACUUCACCGAGGACCAGACUGCGGAGUUCAAGGAGGCAUUCCAGCUGUUUGACCGAACAGGGGAUGGCAAGAUCCUAUACAGCCAGUGUGGGGACGUGAUGAGGGCCCUGGGCCAGAACCCCACCAACGCCGAGGUGCUCAAGGUCCUGGGGAACCCCAAGAGUGAUGAGAUGAACGUGAAGGUGCUGGACUUUGAGCACUUCCUGCCCAUGCUGCAGACGGUGGCUAAGAACAAGGACCAGGGCACCUAUGAGGACUACGUCGAAGGCCUUCGGGUGUUUGACAAAGAAGGGAACGGCACCGUCAUGGGUGCUGAAAUCCGGCAUGUCCUUGUCACCCUGGGUGAGAAGAUGACAGAGGAAGAAGUAGAGAUGCUGGUAGCAGGGCACGAGGACAGCAAUGGUUGUAUCAACUACGAAGGUGAGGGACGAACUGGGGUCUCCCGCAGGAAGCAGCCCUACGGGGCAGGUCAAGCACAGAAUCGGGGGCCUUCCCUGCCCCUGGAUUCAGGCUCCAAAAAGUGCCAAGAGGCAAGGGGCAAGGGCCUAGCGCAGCCCAGGAGUGGGAGGCCAGGGGAGUGCAACAGGAAAGGAAGGGCUCCUGUGGCGUGAAGAGUGGGAAAGGGACGGGACGUAAAAUAAAUGGAUGUCUCAUCCCUCACCGCCUGACCCCUGCACCCCAUGUCUGUGUCUUGUCUUCACCAUUCAUGUCUCUUCCUUCCUGCAGCGUUUGUGAGGCAUAUCCUGUCGGGGUGACGGGCCCAUGGGGCGGGUACGGCUCCCCCCAGCCCCCCUUCUCUCGUUGACCUCCCCAGGGGUUUCCUUGCCAGCCUUCGCUCUCUAGCCCCUGCCCUUCCCCUGCUACCACCCGACUUCCUCCUGGCAUGUCUCUGCAUGGAGCUGACCGGGGAGGGGAGGGGUUCCUCAAAGAGGAAGACAGCCUGGGGGUGUGGUACCUCCUCCUCUCCUUGUAUGGGCUCUGAGGUUUUGCUUCCAGGGCGCUGGUGUCUGGGAACUCACAUCAGCCUCUCCCAGUGUUGCUUCGUGGUGGCCCUUUGGUCCGGGAGCACGGGCGGCUCGCGUAAGAGGGUGGGUUGCCUGCCCCAUUGUGCUGCCGCAGCUGACGUCUCUUCCCCGUCCUUCUGCUGGGCAGCUUGGAGGUACCCUAACCCAAAACUCUGUCUCCCCCUCCCGCCAAUGGCUGACAGUAGCUGUAGGUGUAGUGGGGAACUCUUCGGCCUCUGCUGCGUUCCUGCUGCUCAGGGUGGGGUGGGGAACUAACAGCCGGUGGGAGGGGAGCUGGGGGCCGAGAGUACGGGUCAGACUCGGGGUGGCCCCUCUGCAAACUGACCCCAAGGUUGGUUGCUGUGGGCACGUUCCUUCUUAGGCUGCCUUUGUGGUCCUGUGGUCUCCUGGCCCCUAGUGGACCCCUCCCCUUGGCCUUGCUCCCUGGUUCACCCCCCUCUCCUUUCCACAGAGCUCGUCCGCAUGGUGCUGAACGGCUGAGGACCCUCCCAGUGUGUGCGGAGGCCGUGCCUGCCCUGUGGGAGACUGUGUGGCCCCAGAGGCCUCCUAGGUUCUCUUGUCACAGUACUUUCCCCAGGUUGUCUCUCUUGGGUGAUGUUUGCCAUCAGCAUUCACCAAAUAAACUUGCUCUCUGCCCUA